UUAGACUUGGUCAUUCUUCAUGUAUAAAUAUCAUAGCGCUUUUUUCUUAGAGAGUACUGUCCACACUCUUCGCAAGUACAACUUUUUUUCAAAAUUUUCCCAACCCAGGGAUGUCGAAUCUUGAAGUAAAGAUUAAUGUCGAACAAGAGAUUGAGUUACAUGAGAAGAAAGAUGAGCUUGUGACAUCUCCGCCGCAACAACAGCCUGAUAAUACAGCUGCUGCAGGAAAUGGUUCGAAUGAAGAAAAAGAUAAGAAUAGGAAAUCACCUCCUCCUCAAGACCAGGAUAGGAUGUCGAAUCCUGAAGUGCAGAUUAACGUCGGACCAGAGAUUAAGGCAUCUCGCCCGCAGCAAGAGCCUGAGGAAAGGAGAAAUAGACAUUCAAACUUGUACCUUUCUGCAUUUCAAGGUGAUUGGGACGCUGCUAAAUUAAUUUAUGAAAAUUAUCCAGAUGACUUUCGUGCUGUGAUCACAGGCAAAGGAGAAACUGUUCUUCACGUUGCAGCUUCAGCAAACCGAACCGAUUUUGUGAAAGAACUUUUAAAUUUUUUGGUCCCUAAAGAUUUACGUAAAGUGAAUGAAAAUGGACAGACGGCUCUUUUUCUUGCUGCUGAAAUUGGAAAUGCUCAUCUUGUCCAACUAUUGUUGGCAAAGAACAAAGACUUAGCAAUGAUCCGAAAUCGUGAAAAGAUUAUACCACUUCAAAGAGCAGCUUCAUUAGGGCAUAAGGAUGUGGUAAAUUCCCUUUAUAAGGUCACUGAUACAGGUCGACUACGGAAUGUGGAUCGCAUCAGUUUGCUCAUCACUUUCAUUAACACCAAUUUUUACGAGCUUGCGCUGGACUUGAUAGAACAUUUCCCAGGGUUAGCCUAUGCUCGUGGUAGCGGAGAAGAGACGGCAUUGCAUGCUUUAGCCCGAAAACGCUUCAUUGUUGAAGAUCAGCAGGGAUUUUGGAAGAGAUUCAUAAAUUUAAUUUCAGGUAGCAAAAAAAAGAUGCACCCAAAAGCUGUUGAACUAGCCGAACGCAUUUGGCAACAAAUUAUCAAGUUGGGUGACGCGGAGAUAUCAGAACUACUUCGAGAAUCUGAUAAACUAUUAUUCACUGCAGCGGAGAAAGGGAACGAUGAAUUUCUAGUAGUACUUACUAACAAAUAUCCUCGCUUAUUUCUAAACCGGGAUGCCAUGGGCUGGAGCAUAUUUCAUCAUGCUGUUAGGAAUCGUCAUGAAGACAUCUUGAGACUCAUAUAUGAGCUAGGUUCAUUUAAGACUGUCUUAGCUGCACUUAUAGAUCGUGACGGCAAUAACAUGUUGCAUUUGGCUGCAAUGCUUGCACCACCAGAUCGGCUAAGCGUUGUAUCAGGAGAAGCUCUUCAAAUGCAACGUGAGUUGUUGUGGUUUAAGGAAGUGAGCAAGGUUGUGCAACCGUCGUAUGCUGAAGCAAAAAAUGACUAUGGCAAGACGCCUGCUGACGUAUUUGCCGAGGAGCACAGGAAGUUAGCGGACGCUGGGGAGAAAUGGAUAAAGGAAACUGCAAAUUCAUGCAUGAUUGUGGCAACACUUAUAACAUCUGUGGUUUAUACAGCAGUUUUUCAAGUGCCAAUAGACAACAAAAGAGAUUCAAGGGUUCCUAUUCUUAUUCAAAAAGUAUCGUUUGCCAUAUCCUUGAUAUCCUCCUUAACCUCAAUUAUGAUCUUCCUAUCCCUUUAUACUUCCAGCUAUGAAGACGAAGAUUUCCUUUUCUGGUUACCCGCAAAGUUGGCCUUCGGAACUUUAGCACUUUCUAUGUCAAUAGCAGCUAUGAUGGUCAUAUCUUGUUCAACCUUUUUCAUUAUCUUCGACCAUGGAAUGCUUGCGUUUGCUAUCAUUGUUUCCUUGAUUGCUGCUGUACCACUCACCUGGUUCUUGAAGCUACAAUUGGGUCUCCUCUUGAAAGUAAUUCGGUCGACCUAUAUGAGUAGUACUCUCUUCCAUUCAAGAAAACCCAUUCUCUUCAACAAAGAAGGUGCCAGGGAGAGUACGAAUGGGAAGAAGAAGAAUUAGCUGAUCAAUAGUAAACAUUGAAGUUUAUAAUAUUAAUUUGAAUAUUUGAUGAUUUUCUGUUGAAUAUCUAUAUAAAAUUAUCUGAUUGUUGUUUAUUUGUAUUUCGCUAUAUCAAA